AUGUCAUUAGAAAAGCGACUUCGUAAGGUGUUCCAGACUCCACGUAAGGGAGAGACAUUUGAACUGCGAUCAGGACUCGUGUCGCAAUAUGCUCACGAAAGAAAAGAUGCCAUUCAACGUACAAUUGCUGCUAUGACGCUAGGUAAGGACGUGUCGUCUCUAUUUCCCGACAUUUUGAAGAAUUUGGCCACGCAUGAUUUGGAUCAGAAGAAACUUGUUUAUUUAUAUCUUAUGAACUAUGCCAAAUCACACCCUGAGCUGUGUAUUUUGGCUGUCAACACAUUUGUGCAAGAUUCAGAGGACCCCAAUCCUCUUGUUCGGGCGCUGGCUAUCCGUACUAUGGGCUGCAUCCGAGUCGAUAAAAUGGUCGAUUACUUAAGCAUCCCUCUACGUAAGACUUUACGCGAUGAUAAUCCAUAUGUUCGUAAAACAGCUGCUAUUUGUGUAGCCAAGUUAUUUGAUUUGAAUCCGAAUAUGGCUAUUGAAGAAGGGUUCUUGACGGAUCUCCAGUCUUUGGUGGAUGAUUCAAAUCCAAUGGUGGUUGCUAAUGCAGUAUCUGCUCUGUCAGAAAUCCAAGAGUCUGCUCCUGAAGUCAAGACUUUUGAAAUCAGUCCUGUUACACUAAACAAAUUACUGGUAGCCUUAAACGAAUGCACAGAAUGGGGCCGUAUCGCGAUUCUUACUGCAUUGUCUCAAUAUGAGACGAGCGAUGUAAAGGAAGCUGAACAUAUUUGUGAAAGAGUUGUUCCUCAAUUUCAACAUGCCAACCCUAGUGUUGUAUUAGCAUCUAUUAAGGCCGUCAUCACUCAUUUACCAAUCCAAUCAACCAACGCACAAAACGUUCUUUUACGCAAAAUGAGCUCUCCAUUGGUGACGCUCGUGUCUUGUGCACCUGAAGUACAAUACGUGGCUUUACGUAAUAUUCGCAUUAUCCUGCAAAAGUAUCCUCAAAUUCUCAGUCGCGAACUUCGGGUGUUUUUCUGCCGUUAUAACGACCCCUUAUACUUGAAGUUUGAGAAGCUUGAAAUUAUGGUCAGUUUAGCCAACUCACAAAACGUUGAUCAACUGUUGGCUGAAUUGAAGGAAUAUUCUAUGGAGGUUGAUAUGGAGUUUGUUCGACGCGCUAUUAAAGCCAUUGGUCAAUGUGCUGUUAAGAUUGAGUCAGCCGCUGAAAAGGCUGUUAAUGUUCUGUUAGACCUGUUGGACGAUAAUAACAAGACCAAUAACUACGUCAUUCAAGAGGUUGUUAUAGAAAUCCGAGAUAUCCUACGUCGAUACAAGAAUGCAUUUGAAGGAGCUAUUCCUGUGUUGUGUCAGAACAUCGAUGAUAUUGAAGAACCAGAAGCUAGAGCCGCCAUGAUUUGGAUUCUCGGUGAAUACGCUCAUAAAAUCGACAAUGCUGGCACGAUAUUAGAAAAUUAUGUUAGCACAUUCUUAGAAGAAGCGACUCAAGUUCAGCUUCAACUACUCACUGCUUGUGUCAAACUUUACAUUAAAAAGCCCAACAGCGGCAAUAACUUGAUCCAUUCAAUUCUACAAGAUGCAACAACAAAGUCAGAUAAUGCUGAUAUUCGUGACAGAGCCUAUAUUUACUGGAGACUUCUAUCCAGUGACGCUUCAGUGUCCAAGGACGUUGUGCUUGCCGAUAAACCACCAAUCAAAACUACCAUUGAAACUAUUCCUCCCACCAUAUUAGAUGAGCUGCUAGCAGAACUAUCUACAUUAGCAUCAGUAUACCAUAAGCCAGCUAGUAGUUUUAUGGGUACUGGACAGUUUGGAUCUGACGAGGUUCAGAAGAGAGCUAUUGAAGAGCAAAGACAACUGGCUAAGGAAGAUGCUAUUAGCAAUAUCGACAGCCAAACUGUUGUCAACGGUGAGAACCUGCUUGAUCUUGACUUUGAUGCUCCUGCAUCGGACGCUGCUAGUACCGGUUCUGGUGCUAACAGCGGAGCUCUUGGCGACCUGGGUGAUAUUUUCUCUAAUUCACCAUCCCCAACAAUAUCAUCACCAGCCAUUGGUGCUACUGCUACCAAGACCAAUGGAAACCAAGAUAUUCUAUCAUUAUUUGGCAGCACCAGCACCCCAGUGCCAGCUGCUCCAGCAUCAAGUUCUCUUAAUCAGUUGACUGACGGAUUCGGAGGACUGAACCUUCAAUCACAAACCCAGUCCCAGCCAACGACGCAAGCUUCAAGCCAGACCCAAUCCAAGUCUACAAAUGAAGAUUUGUUAGGAUUGUUUUAA